UACUACUUUUGGGUAAGCGAUUUGCAUGGCGGCUCAAUAGUAGCCAAUCCGUAGAAACAUGGUUUUACCCAUGAGGAGUCCUUUCAGGAGAUUUUUUACGGCAUCAGCCCUUGCUUAUACUGUGUAUGGAGAUCUCUUGGUUUCAGAGCUAAGACCUACAUGCAUUAUUGGAAAAACCCAUUCUGCUAAUGAUGUAGAUAUGCUUGAAGUCAAUGCUCAACUUAAGCAGCUAGUGAAAACCGGUCAUUUGAGUGAUGCUCGCGCAAUGUUCGAUAAAAUGCCAUGCCGAGAUGAGAUUACAUGGACCAAUAUGAUUUCUGGCUAUGUCAAUGCCUCGGAUUCCUCUGAAGCGUUAGAUUUGUUCUCAAAUAUGUGCGUUCAGCCAGGACUUCGAAUGGACCACUACACGCUUAGUCUUGCACUCAAGGCUUGUGCACUCAUUAUGAACUUGUAUUAUGGGGAACUGUUACAUGGGUAUUCAGUGAAAUCUGGUUUUGUUAAUUCGGUUUUUGUUGGGAGUUCCCUUCUUGACAUGUAUGCCAAGAUUGGUAAAAUUGAGCAAGGUUGUAAAGUUUUCGAUGAGAUGCCAAUAAGAAAUGUAGUCUCUUGGACAGCCAUUAUAACCGGGCUUGUUCGAGCAGGUUAUAAUAUGGAGGGUUUGGUUUACUUUUGUGAAAUGCAGAGGUCAAAGGUGGAGUAUGAUGCGUAUUCAUUUGCUAUUGCAUUGAAGGCAUGUGCCGAUUCUGGUGCUCUGAACUACGGGAGGGUGAUUCAUGCAAAAACAAUGAAAAAAGGGUUCAAUGAGAGCUCAUUUGUGGCUAACACUCUUGCUACCAUGUACUACAAAUGUGGAAAAUUCGACUAUGGUAUGCGCUUGUUUGAGAAGAUGAGGACACAGGACGUGGUUUCAUGGACAACAAUUGUAACAACCUAUGUUCAGAUGGGUCAGGAGGAGCAUGCAAUUGAAGCAUUUAUGAAAAUGAAGGAAUCAGAUGUGAGUCCUAAUGAGUACACUUUUGCAGCUAUUAUCUGUGGUGUUGCCAAUCUUGCAAGAAUUGAAUGGGGUGAACAAUUACAUGCACAUGUUUUACGUGUAGGUUUUGUUGAUUUUCUAUCAGUGGCAAAUUCUGUCAUGACCAUGUAUUCAAAAUGUGGGCAGUUGCCUUCAGCUUCACUGGUCUUUUGUGGCAUGACCAGGAAAGAUGUUGUUUCAUGGAGUACUAUAAUUGCCGCGUAUUCUCAAGGAGGUUAUGCGGAAGAAGCCUUUGAGUAUUUAUCGUGGAUGAGAAAGGAAGGACCAAAACCAAAUGAGUUUGCUUUUUCCAGCGUGCUAAGUGUAUGUGGAAGUAUGGCAAUUCUUGAGCAAGGGAAGCAACUGCAUGCUCUUGUCUUGUCUGUUGGGUUAGAAAGCACAGCUCUGAUACGAAGUGCUCUAAUCAAUAUGUAUUCUAAAUGUGGGAGUAUAAAAGAAGCUUCGAAAAUUUUUGAUGUGACGGAAAAUGAUGACAUUGUCUCAUGGACUGCCAUGAUCGUUGGUUAUGCUGAACAUGGGUUCAGCCACGAAGCCAUUGAUUUGUUUGAGAAGAUUCCCAAAGUUGGUUUAAGACCAGAUGCCGUGAGCUUCAUUGGCAUUCUUACUGCUUGUAGCCAUGCUGGACUUGUUGAUCUUGGCUUCCACUACUACAACUUGAUGACUAAUAAAUAUCAGAUAAAUCCUUCAAAAGAACAUUAUGGCUGCAUGAUUGAUCUCCUUUGCCGAGCUGGACGAUUAAGUGAUGCAGAGAACAUGAUAAAACACAUGCCAUUUCAACGGGAUGACGUCGUUUGGUCUACACUGCUUAGAGCUUGUAGAGUACAAGGAGACGUUGACUGUGGAAUACGUACUGCAGAGGAGAUUCUUAAAUUAGAUCCAAGUAGUGCUGGAGCUCAUAUUACUCUUGCUAACAUUUAUGCCACAAGAGGGAGAUGGAGGGAAGCAGCAAAUCUAAGGAAGAUGAUGAAAUCAAAAGGGGUGAUCAAGGAGCCAGGAUGGUCUUGGAUUAAGGUCAAUGACCAGGUUUCUGCAUUUGUUGCUGGGGAUCGAUCUCAUCCCCAAGGUGAAUAUAUAUACAGUAUGUUGGACUUACUAGCUUCAAGGACAGAAACUGCAAUUCAGGAAGUGGGUUCUAUUUCAAAUCAUGUGGAAGGUUAGCAGAAGUUUUCUUAAUCUAGGGCUGUAGGUCACAAACAAUGGAACAGCCAUUUUUCACUCUGAAGGCUAUCUUUCUGUCAACAAACAUAUUGUGGACAGAGAAGAAGAUCAGGGAUGAGCUACCCAGCUGCAUUGGCUAUGAAUGAGUGGACAACAAAGCAGGUUGUUCCUUGAAAAAAUCUACAAAAUGAAAUGAGAUGGCAGAUUUGGCUGUAGCUCAAAGAUUGCGACUAGACCUCAUGCCACAUGGAAUUGUCAGUACCAGGGAUAGUCGCAUGGGAUUCGUGAAUAUGGAUGUUCUCCACCAAAGGUAUGCCCUGCAAUACGGAGCAUGGAAUUAUUCAGUUGCUUAGCUCCAGAGGCCUUACAAUUUCAUCCUGAAUUUCCUACAUGAAUAAAUUGCCUUGAAUUCUAGCAGUCUUUUCACAAGCCAUUGUGAUGCAGAGUUCAAGUUGGUUCGUAAAGGCUAAACUCUUUUCUUUUUUUUUUUUUGGCUUUACGGGUAAUAGACUUGAUACAGAUAUUUUAGAAUUGUUGACACUGCAUCCCUAAAUAACACUGAUGACAAGUUGGAAGAGGUCCAAGAAGAGAUAGCAGUUCAAGAGUAUGAGGUCCACCAAGAUACUGGAGCUGGACAAACAAUGUUCAUGGAAUAGGGUUUGUAAGCGAUGGUCUUCACCCUGGCUCUCUUGUUAUAAUAAUUCACUCUAAAGAAAGAAAAACCAGUCUUGGAUUUUGUAACGAGGAGAUGCAGAUUAAUUAUAAGGCUGAGUUCUUGGAGAAGAUUCAGCAGUUCAAUAUGAUGUAUCCGAAUAAUUACCCCAAGCUUUGAUAGGUCAUUAUGUCAUGGACAGAUUGGAGAUUCCAAGCUUAGGACAUUAGUAGGUUUUUAGCUGAGUUUUUUCUUCCUGCUUUGUUUUUAUAUUAUAAUUUCCCUUGGAACUUUGAUGCAAAAAGCUUUAGGGGUUUCACUUUCCCCCAAUAUAAUGGCUCCUCUACUCCACAGGGUCAA